AUGUCCAUCGAGACUCCAUCAGCGACUAAUAUUCCAGUAGAAAAUGUAUCAGAUUAUACACAAUAUUUAAGUCAGGUAGCAGAAGCUGUGGCUCGAACUUCUGGUGGUACCAUGACAUUUGUAAGUCAAAAUAAUGGCCUUUCCCUGCCCCAAGAACAAGCGAAUCUUCCUCACACGGUGGUAUUUGAGCAUAUCACCGAAGCCGAUGCUGAGCAUGCUGUUGUUGCAGAAGCAGCUGCAGUGUUAUCGCCGGUCAACCCUGGGCCAACACCGCCUAUUCAUACUGCAACUGCUGAAGCAGUUAUUAAACCUCCAGUGGGCAAAGGCCCUUAUCACUGUGAAAUCUGUAAUAAAGUCUUCCCAAAAUGGAAUCAGCUACAGCGUCACAUUAAGACACAUGAUGACGACAAACCAUUCCGUUGUACACAGUGCAAUGAUUCUUUCAAUGUGGAGGACAACCUGAAGCUCCAUAUGGCAACACACCCCCAGAAUCACAAUCGCCAGCCAACAUGUCCUGAGUGUGGCAAAACGUUUACUCGUACUGCUAGCCUCAAAGCGCACAUCAUACUGCAUAUUAAGGAGGAAAAUCUCAUGUGCACUGAAUGUGGUGAUGAAUUCAGUUUACAGAGCCAAUUGGAUAGACACAUGAGGGAACAUCGCCAGGAUCAAGAAGGGAAGCGAUCAUACUCUUGUCGUCAGUGCACACAAGAAUUCCCUAAAAUGACAUUGUUACGGGAACACAUGAAACAGCAUUAUCGAAUCAAGUCUUCAUUGUCUCAUCGUUCCUACAAGCGAAACAUCGACCGAUCGAAUUUCCACCACAAGUGCCAACAUUGCGGCAAAUCGUUCCAGAAACCAAGUCAGGUGUUACGGCAUAUCCGGAUACACACAGGUGAACGGCCGUUUGAUUGUAAAAUGUGUGAUAAGACUUUCAACCAGAAAGGUGCUCUUCAGAUUCACAUGACUAAACACACUGGUGAGAGGCCGCAUAUGUGUGACUUUUGCUCGGCAACUUUUUCUCAAAAGGGAAACUUACGUGCUCACAUCCGGCGAGUGCACUCAUUAACAAAAGAUUCCAAUGGCCCCAAUUUCCAAUGUGAUGAAUGCAGUUGUAUCUUCCGAAAACUUGGCAGCUUAAAUGCCCAUAUUAGUCGAUCGCAUUCAGAAUCGGCCGCUUUACCAGCUCAGGAUGAAGUUCAGCCUCUUGCUGACAGUGAUAAAGUAAUUAAUCAAAUUAUUGAAUUGUCAGGGCAAUCUGGUGCUAAAGAUGUCAAUGCGCAGGUAAGAUCAAUUUUCUUUCUAUCUUAA